CAGUAAAUAACCCGUAUGAAGCGAGUCGAGGCGCCGGGCAACCUCAGACAACCGCUCCUCCUGCCGCCGAUCCCACCGAGCCCGACGCGCCGGCCCCCGCCUGCGCGGCAGCGGCCGCCGCCGCCUUCCUGGAGCGCCAGCCGGGUCCCUGCCCCUCCGCAAGGCCCGGGGCAGUGGCGACAGGCAGGGUCCGGGCCUUGCGCCGCCGCUGGGGGGAGGCGCGCCACGGCCGGGCGGCCCUGGGGCCGGGCGGUUGGCGGGGCGCCGAGGCCGCGGCCUGAGGCGACGGCCGGGCGGCUGCCCCUCGGGAGGCCGCUCCGGCUCGCAGACCGCUCCAGGCCGUCAUACUGCUGCCCUAGGCAGGCGCCUGUCGCUUUAAGCAGGGGCGGGCCUCUCCCGCAACCUGCAUUGCGAGGCCGGCACCGCCCCGCCCGGCCAUUGGUUGUCGCUGGGGGAGAGCGGCCCGCCCCCGCCCGCAGCCAUUGGCUGGGGGCGAGGCUGGGGUUCCCGGAUGCAGGCACGUUCGGCCGUUAUAAAGCGCUGGGGGAAGGCGGGAGCGGACGCAGUUUGAAUCGCGGCGGGUCGGGUCAGGUCGGUGCUGUCAGCCGGGCUCCGUGCGUGCGGGACGCUCUCUUCCUUUGCCUGCGCGGCGCAGCGCUCCGGUUCGCGAUGGCUGGUGGGAAAGCUGGGAAGGACUCUGGAAAGACCAAGACCAAAGCAGUGUCCCGUUCUCAGCGGGCUGGAUUGCAGUUCCCUGUUGGCCGCAUCCACAGGCAUCUGAAGUCUAGGACUACCAGCCAUGGGCGUGUAGGAGCCACAGCUGCAGUGUAUAGCGCUGCAAUCCUGGAGUACUUGACAGCUGAGGUUCUUGAGCUGGCAGGAAAUGCAUCCAAAGACUUGAAGGUGAAACGUAUCACUCCCCGUCACUUGCAGCUUGCAAUUAGAGGAGAUGAAGAAUUGGAUUCUCUCAUUAAGGCAACAAUUGCUGGUGGUGGUGUAAUACCACAUAUCCAUAAGUCUCUCAUUGGAAAGAAAGGACAACAGAAAACUGUCUAAAGGAUACCAGGAUUCCUUGUUAUCUCAGGACUUUAAGUACUUAAUUGUCCAGUGUUGGUGAUUCCAGUGGACUGUAUCUGUGAAACACAAUUUUGCCUUUUUGUAACUUUGAGAAGCUAAGGCUCCCUUGAGCUUUCUAACAAACCAAAUUUCUGCAUUGAAGUCUUAACCGUAUUUAAGUGUUACCAUGGCUUCAAAGAAGCUAUUGUAUUUGUAGUGGGUUUUGAUUGAGCUGACUGUUUUUAGAUUGGUUUAAGUAAAGGAAAUGUUUGGUUUUGUACAGACUUUUCAUCCACUAGAGUGGAAAUAUUCAAUAAAUGUUAUGUCAAGA